AUGAGCUCCUUCAUUGAGAUCGACCCCUCCGGUCUUUCCGGCUUCACUAUCACCAAUCAGCUGUACGACGUUGUCGCUCCUGACAGGAACGCUGCCGGGAUUCUUGCUUCCGGCUCAACGUUGACCCCUGUGGUUGUCACAGUCGGCGCACAAGCCCCUGUGUUUAGGCUGGAGAAGCUCGACAAUGGCGCAUAUCACAUCCUUCUCUCCGGCUUGGAGGGAGUUCCGCGCUUGGUAGUCGCCUCUCAGAAGAAGCUUUACGCUCAGGAAGACACUUUGGGAGACAGCACUGACCUCAAUCAAGAGUGGGAGGUUCUGUCCACCGCUCGUGAGGGCACGUCCACGGAUGAUGCGCACAUGAAAGGCGUCUACAUGAUUGCAGUUCGAGGACAACCGCGCAUGGUUUGGACCCUCCGCGACGGCGCAACUGGAACCCAGGUCGAGGUUCUCGACAUAUUCACCGCAAAUGGCCCUGAUAGUGUUCUAGAUGAGAGCAUUCCUCCUGCGACAGCAGCAACGCGGGGCAGCGAGCCGAUAUGGAAGCCUCGCAGGUGGCUAUGGCACAUUCGGCCUUCGAAGCAGCGGUUCUAA